AAGGGAGAAGCGGUAAAGGGGGGAUAUAAGUCUCACACCCCAAAAUCCCAGCGCUAUAUGCGGCUAUAUGGCACAAACCGCAAAACAAAACCAACUCCAAAAGGCUUCAGGGACUAGAGACAAGAUGCCAAAACAGGUAGAGAUAUUUCUACCCAAGACGUCGACGGAAAGUCAGAUGCCCCACGAGGCUUCAGAGCGCUGGGCGAAGAGGACAACAAUGAGAGACGUGCCGAAACGUUCGACCUCGGAGAAAGAAAGAGAUCAAUAUUACGCAAAGCUUCGAGAAAAGAACAUAGAAGAGGCGAAUAAAGCUGCCAUCAAUAUGCUAGAGGAACAACUGAACUCCGCGGCCGACGAACCUUGGAUACUCAAGGCAAGAAAGUGGCUGAGAGCUGCACAGGCAAAGGAAGGAGAACCGCAAAAUACACUCUUCAUGACCUCUGAACCUGGAGUGAACGUGGGAGAGUGGCUGAGAACUGCACAUACAAAGAAGGAAGAACUGAAAGAUACACUCUCCAUGGACUCUAAACCCAAAGUGAACCCAGCCACCGCCGCAUUCCGCAAGCAAUAUGCAGAAAUUCAGAGCAAGAUCUCCCCGGCUAAAACCGCAACCCCAAAGAUCCGCUGGACACCCAACCUCCCCAUCCCCCCACCCGACGGUCCAGAUAGCCUAUACGUAAAACAGGGUUUUUCGUCGGCCCCUCCCCGGGUGAGUCAAGAGCAAUUGAAGAAGCGGAAGAGGGAGGAGAAAAAGCGGGAGAUGGAAGAGAGGAUGAUGGAUGAGGCGUUGGAUACGGAGAUGCUGCCGAAGCCGAAAAGAGGGAAGAGGUUGAAUGAGUUUGAGGAGGCGAUGAGAGUUGCGGGGAUGUGUCCUGAGGAUCCGGAAGGAAAGCCAAAGGGGAGAGGGAGGGGGAGGGGGGGCGGAGAGAAGGGGGAGAGGCCGUGGGAGGGAAAAGGGAAGAGGGGACGGGGGAGGGGAAGAGGGAGAGGGGGCCUGUCUGGGAUGAUUUGA